AUGGAGGAGUAGGUGAUGGAGGUGGACAUUAUAGAGUUCAAAGCGCAGACGGAAAGCAACAAAGCUCUCUUCAUAUGGGACCUCCAGGCCGGCUACAGCCACGCCUACAUCUAUGAGAGGGUGUCCUCUGCGUUCUCCUCCUUCGGACCCCUCUUCCUGGUCAAGGUGCUCCCCAACUCUCCCUCUGUGUCUCCUGGCUUCUACUCGCUGGUGAAGUUCUACUGCUCCAGACACGCCCUGCAGGCCCAGAGAUCUACUGAUGGAACCCUCCUGUUCCAGAGCACUCCUGUCAAGGUAAGACUCAGUACCCGACAGGCUCCCUUUCUCCAAUUUGACAACCAGCUGCAAAGCCACUCCCGCUGCCUGGAACUGGCCAAUCACUGCCUGGGCUUCAACGGCUGGUCCACACGCAUCAUUAAUCUGAAAGUGUUGCCUUCUGAUUCUCUGGAAGAGGGGCAGAGCCAUGAGGCCAAUGGGAGGAGCCAGGAGGUAAGUGGGAGGAGCCCGAAGGUCAGUGGGAGGAGCAAGACGACGCUGCGCUACAGGUGUUUACUGGAGCUGCAUGAAUAG